CGUCGUUUAUCAAUAGAAAUAUAGAAUCCUCUCUCUCUCUCUCUCGCAUAGAGAAAAAUCUCUGGUAAAAAUAGUCUCCAAUUACACAAUUUUGAUUUUGGAGCUCCACUUUUCACGGGAAUACAGAUUGUACGCAAUACCCUCAAGGGUUGUGGUUUUAAUCACCUUAAAACUUCUGUUUCUUCUUCUUCAUCGCUAAUUCGCUCCCCAGCUUUUUAUUGCUUUGGGAUCUCAGGAUCUUGAGUGUCUCUUGAAGGUUUGCUGUUUUUGAGGCUUGAAACCCAGAAAGGAGUCAUGGGUAUUCGAUCUUUUUUCGCUUGGAAAAGGAAGAGCAAGUCGGUGCCGAACUCCCCUCGAGGGAACUCGGCUGUUUCGAGAUCGUCGUCCGUGAACUCGUUGGUGAAUUCGAAAAGCCAGAUCGAGGAACUGGAGCAUGUUUUUAAGAGAUUUGAUGUGAAUGGGGAUGGGAAGAUUUCUUGGUCCGAACUAGGUUCAAUCAUGGGGAGCUUGGGACACCCUGCGACGGAAGAGGAAUUACAGAAGAUGGUGGAGGAGGUGGAUUCGGACGGCGAUGGGUUUAUUGAUUUGAACGAGUUUAUUGAGUUGAACACGAAAGGGGUUGAUUCUUUGAAGGUAAUAGAGGAUCUGAAGAACGCGUUCAUGGUGUUUGAUAUCGAUCGUAAUGGGUCCAUAUCACCGGAGGAAUUGCAAACGGUGUUGAAGAGUUUGGGGGAUGACAGAUGUUCGAUUGCGGAGUGUAAGAAGAUGAUUCGUGGGGUGGAUUGUGAUGGAGAUGGGUUGAUAAAUUUUGAAGAGUUCAAGAUUAUGAUGAUGGGUUCGGGCUCCGACUCGUCUUCACGAGCAACUUCAAUGGCAACGCUGCAAAGAGUGAUGGUGAGAAGCGAUGGAUGACAAUGUCUUCGUCAGAUUUCUUCCUCUUCUGUUCUCUUUGAUUUUUUUAGCGUAUUCCCUGGUUUCAUCAUUCAUUUUGAAAUUGGGUUCCAUGAGAACAUCAACCGGGGGAGGUUAUAAUUUUGCUUUCUGUAUACUCAACAGAUGAUCUUUUGAUCUUUCUUUCCUUUCUUGUUUGUUGAAAGCUAAAACCAAGUUAAAGAAUUCGUUCUCUUUCUCUGUGUGGCAGUAAUUAAUGGAGUUUCUACUUUCUUGUUUGCUGUUUUUCAACAUAUUUUAGUGCAGAGUGUUCUUCACUUUCAACUUUUGAAGAUCGGCCUGUGAUUCUUUUUACCAGAACUUCUACUCUUUACUCAGACCAGUUCCUGUUUU